AAAUAGCAAUGAGUGUCGUUUGUAGAUAAUUAUUGUUGCCUUUCCCCUUCGACGUAUUCAUACGUUGGCUGUAGCAACCUUGUGCGGUGUCAUACGUCGUGCGUGUAGAAACGCUGGGCAACAGCAAACGAUAAUCGAUUGACAAUUUGUGCACAAAUCUUUGUGCCUCUGGAAGAGUGUUGUUUAUAAUUACGUGGUAGGUAAAUAAGAGUGCCCACCGAUCGCGAAGUGUUCCGCUUGGUUUCCGUGUGGCAAACGGUACGGAGAAAACGCAUCCAUCAAAAGCUCGACCAACCGACCAACCAGCCGCGUGGGGGGGCUGUGCGCAACGGGAAGCAGCAUAGAUUGUGCACCCAAAUACACCACCACACCAUCAUCGCACUGCCCGUGACGGAGGGGGUGCUUUGCUCGGGUUCCGUAAGCAGUGGCAACACACACAGUGACCCGCAGUGCAUGCUGACGGUGACGGCUGGUACGGCUACACAUCCGUCCCACACGGAAACAGCGGAGCAAACGGCAGAGACCACCGCCGCCACCACCACCAGCACCACCACCACAACCACCAUGUCGAACAAGCUGAACAACCCGAAGCGCCGCGAGGUGACGGGCUCGUCGUCAUCGAACAGCUCCAUCUCGUCGGUCGGUGCCGGGGACAGUGGCAUCUCGGCCGACCUGGCCUCACUGUUCGAGUGUCCGGUGUGCUUUGACUAUGUGCUGCCCCCGAUACUGCAGUGCCAGAGCGGCCAUCUCGUCUGCACCAGCUGCCGCUCGAAGCUGACCUGCUGCCCGACCUGUCGCGGCUCGCUCGGCAACAUCCGCAACCUGGCGAUGGAGAAGGUGGCCUCGAACGUGAAGUUCCCCUGCAAACACUCCAACCACGGCUGCACCGUGUCGCUCGUCUACACGGAAAAGGCGGAGCACGAGGAGGCGUGCGAGUUCCGGCCGUACCUGUGCCCGUGUCCGGGCGCGUCCUGCAAGUGGCAGGGUUCGCUCGACUACGUGAUGCCCCACCUGAUGAUGUCGCACAAGAGCAUCACCACGCUGCAGGGCGAGGAUAUCGUGUUUCUGGCCACCGACAUCAACCUGCCCGGUGCGGUCGACUGGGUGAUGAUGCAGUCCUGCUUCGGGCACCACUUCAUGCUGGUGCUGGAGAAGCAGGAAAAGUACGACGGACAUCAGCAGUUUUACGCGAUCGUGCAGCUGAUCGGAUCGCGGAAGGAGGCGGAAAACUUUGCCUACCGAUUAGAGCUGAACGGCAACAGGCGUCGGCUUACGUGGGAAGCGAUGCCGCGCUCGAUCCACGAAGGCGUGGCGAGCGCGAUCCUUAACUCCGACUGUUUGGUGUUCGACACGUCGAUUGCGCAGCUCUUUGCCGACAAUGGUAAUCUCGGCAUCAAUGUUACUAUUUCCGUCGUUUAAACGCACACAAACACACACACACACCCACACUCACGCGUACUCAUUUAGCCGAAUCGACUGAGGGAAGGGGACCACCACCAGACUUCGAUAGACAGCCCCCAAGUCUAGACAAUUCUUACCUAAGGUUACGUUAACAUGUAUAUUUUUCUUUGUAACUUCUACUUUUCAAUUCCUCUUUCUCUCUGUGCGGGUGCAAUUUGCUGCCGUUUGCAUUGAGGUGUGUAAGUUUAUAAAUGAGUUUAUAAAUGUCAUUUAAUAGAGCAGGGAGCGUUUGCUUUGCUAAUGUGAUGCGGGAGGCAACAUUGUUUGAUCCCGUGCCAGCAAAGAAAGAGAAAGAGUAAGAGAGCGCGUUUUAAAACCACACAAACUGCAAACUGCAAAAAGGAUUCUUUUACCUCCAGUUCAGUACACACUAAACGAGGAGGGCACGAGUGGGGAAUAAAGCCUUGUAGCUUGUAUUGCUGCUUUUAACAUGAAUGCAACCUCCUGUAGCUAUAUAAUUUAAGCGCAGAGCGGUCGAAAGCCGAGAGCGCAGCCGUACAUGCUAGUGUAGCGCAGUGCGCAUCAAAACGAUCGAUUCGUGCGAUACUCCGCGAUAUUAUGGCGAUAAACGUAAUACGUAUGUAUGUUAGUAAGGUGAUAGAUAAGAGCAAAAACAAACACUGUGUGUGUGUAUGUGUGUGUAAGGGAAGGAUGAGCGAACGAGCAAAGUAAUGAUUUGUAUGGUGUAAUCAAUGUUACGCCGCUUGCAUCAUGACCAAAGGAGCGUUUGGUGAACCCGUGUGCAAGCGUUUCGUGAACGCGUGAUAGAGUUAGUGGUGUGGUUGCGUGCGUGAUUGCGUGAUUGCGUGAGUGAGUCGUUAAGGGAAUUAGGAAGAAUAUUAGUGUGGCGAGAAAUCGAUCGAGACACAAUUCUGUAAAUUAAACAUUUAAUCGUAGUAACACAUAUAACACACCAUAAGAGAGAAUGCCGUGGAAGAAGGGCGGGCCAUCCUUUUUCAGAGGUGGGAUCGCAUCAUCGCUACUACUUCACACUCCUUUACCAUUUAAAGUAUGUUAAACACGUUUCUACACCUAAUGAAUUAAUAGCGAAAUAGCGAGAGAGAGAGAGAAAGAAGAACUUGUUGUGCGGAACUGAUACAGCGCACCCAACCAUUAAGGUCCUUUAAGGUGGGUUUAAAGAUAGAUGGUACGAAAACAAACAAAGAACAAGAAGACAUAACGAGUGGGUAAAGAUCAGGUCACCGGAAAUGCAAAUCGCUUUCGUACAACUCCCGGAACUUCAAACCACGCGUUCGCACGCGCGCGCGCUGGUUCAAAUUCCGUUCCGUAUAUCAAUUUGCUGUAGCACGUUUGCUGUACAUUUAACAAAAAACCGCCCC